UGCGGAAAAAUGUGAACCACGAAAAGGAGGAAAAGAAAAGAAAAGAAAAGAAUGAAAGAAGUGGCGAAAUUGGCUCGCAUGGCGAUGGAAAGCUGAGGCAUUACCCAUCUCUGUGUGUCCACCCAAAUGCCUUCUACUUUCAGAAACUCCUAACUUCAAACUUCCAACUCCAAUCUUCUAACUUCAAUCUAAUCUCUCCAAAACCUCAAAUCAAUUCAUUCAUUCAUUCAUUCAAUUCCUCUCUUCUCUCUCUCUCUCUGGCUACUUCCGCCUCUCCUCCCUUCCUCACUUCUGUUUCUUCUUUCCACCUACUCGGGAAGGCACUCUCGUCUGUUUUUCCCCACCUCUGAUCCAGAUUGAAACUCUAUCUUCCACUUUCGUCUCCUUCGUUCCCAGAAAUGGAUUCCGAUUUCUGGACCUCCCGCCUCGCCGCCGCCAAACGCCAGUAUAUGUUGCAGCAUCAUCAUCAUCAUCAUCAUCAUCAUCAAACCUCCAACUUAGAUCUGUUGGGAAUCGAUGAUUUGGAGAUGGAUGAUGACGCUCGCCCCCAUUUUUCAUGUCCUUUUUGCUAUGAGAGUUUUGACGUUAUGUCCCUUUGUUCGCAUCUGGAAGACGAACACUCUUGCGAGACGAGAGUCACGGUUUGUCCCAUUUGCUCGGUUAAAGUCAUGGGGGACAUGUUGAGCCAUAUAACAUUGCACCAUGGACACUUGUUCAAGCUUCAGAGAGGCUGCAGGUUGCGUAAGAUUGCCAUUCCCAGCAGUCAGGCAUUGUCCCUCUUGAGCCGGGACCUUCGCGAGGCUCAUCUGCAGGUGCUUCUAGGGAGCAGUGGGUACCGUACAAGCACCACUAAUGGGCCUAAUGCAGCUCAUGAUCCGUUUCUAUCAUCACUUAUUUUGAAUUAUCCUGCAUCUGAAGUUGAAGAUAUCUCGAAAUCCAUGCUAACCAGUGCCGAAGACACAUCUUCGGAGAAUGUGGCACCAUCACCUAUUUGGAAAUCAAGGUUUGAUCCUUCUUUGAGCCAGGAAGAGCGGGAUAAAAGAAUGAGACAAGCUAUUGAGAGAGCAGGCUUUAUGCGGGAUAUGCUUUUCUCAACUCUCUUAGAGGACUAAUGAAAGCAGUAAGUUAUUACCAAAAUGAUGCUAAAAUGAAUAAAUUAACAGACGUUGAAUUGAUUCUUAUGGCUUUAUUUGUCAUCGACCCAAUAUGAAACUCUUUGAGUAUGGUUGAUGAUAAUAUAUCCUUCAUUAUAACCAGUGAAUAAAUUCCAUUGAAUAUAAAGUCUGUUUAUUUAUUGUGGUUGUGCUGCAAGAAGAAUUUGAAUGUAAAAAUUUCAGAAUAAUGAACGACAAGAGGGGAGCACUAUCAAUGCUCAUUGGCGCUCGAACGUCGGCCGGGCAGUACCAGCAGCCAGACUAUACAACGCCAUACAAGGAGAAAUUUGGACGGUCAACAACACAAACGUAAGAAUCUCCAAUUGCAUGGCAACUAGUGGGGAUAGGCCUAGGUGCUAGUUCGAAGGAAAUUACAAAUGCUGUUCUUUUAAAACCUUCUCCUUUCAUUGUGACACAACUAUGUUGAUGACCUAUCAUUUUGAAUUUAUUAUAGCGUGAUGAUGAAUUGGAUGUUGGUGUUAUAGUUGAGAUCAAAAGAUGCCAAUGUUCAUGGAAGGGAACAUUACACACA